ACGACCCACACGCCCGCAACCACAUCUUGCACGCGACACGCGAAACUUUCGCACACGCCGCCAAAGUGUUCGCAUCAAUCUUCCGAAGGGCCUCCUCCCCCCGCAACCUAUCCUUAUUCUCGGUCCCCAUCGCUGCCGCGGCAUCGCAUAAUCAGCGCGUCUCACCUGUAGCGGGGCUUUCGACUGCUUCAACCUUUGCAAAAGUACAGUCGCGAAACAUGCAUUCAAAACUAGUCAUCAUUGGCUCGGGGCCAGCAGGCCACACCGCAGCUAUUUAUGCCGCACGAGCGGAUCUGAACCCCGUCAUGUACGAGGGAUUCAUGGCUCUCGGUAUCGCCGCAGGUGGUCAAUUGACCACAACAGACGAAGUCGAGAACUUCCCCGGUUUCGUCAAGAUCGGAGGCGGCAAGCUCAUGGAGCAAAUGCGCGAACAAUCCGAAGCCUGCGGCACCGAAAUCAUCUCCCAGACCGUCGCGAAGGUUGACCUGAAAGCGCGCCCCUUCAAGUACUGGUUACACCCCAUGGGCGACGAGGAGGAGAUCGAGGAGGAGAUACACACUGCUGAUGCUUUGAUCAUCGCGACCGGCGCAAAGGCCAGGAGAUUAGAUCUCAAGGGUGAAGACAAGUACUGGGGCAACGGUGUAUCCGCAUGCGCUGUAUGCGACGGCUCCCUUCCCAUGUUCCGCGACCAGCCAUUGGUCGUCAUCGGAGGUGGUGACUCAGCAGUAGAGGAGGCUCUAUACCUCACGAAGAAGGCGUCAAAGGUUACCGUACUCGUACGAAGAGACCAGCUCCGCGCGAGCCGAACGAAUGCCCGCCGGUUGACAACGCACCCUAAGAUCGAGAUCAUGUACAACACCAGCGCAAGCGAGAUCAAGGGCGAGGACAAGAAGAACGGUCUGAUGACACAACUAGUGGUCAAAAACAACGUCACAAAGGAAGAGCAGACCCUCGACGCAAAGGGUCUCUUCUACGCCGUCGGACAUGACCCCGCCACCGAGCUGUUCAAGGGACAGCUCGACAUGGACGAGGACGGCUACCUGAUCACCAAGCCCGGAGAGGGUCUCACAAGCGUUGAGGGUGUCUUCGCGGCCGGUGACGUCCAAGACAAGCGGUACCGCCAGGCCAUCACCAGUGCAGGAUCUGGCUGCGUUGCCGCCCUUGAGGCAGAGAAGUGGCUCGCUGAGCAAGACGACAGCGUAGGCAACGAGCUCGAGACAGAGAACCAGGCCGAGAAGUCGCAAACAAACGGCGUCGUUCCUGAGUACCGCUCCAACCCUCUGCUAUAGACGAAACACGCACCACAACCAUUACUAUCACAAACUUGGACCAUGUUGGGCCAUUUCUGGAAUACCUCGCAUGAAAGGAUAUGGGCGUCUCAUUGUUUAGCGCAUAUAUGGAAGGCACGGGCACCAUGUAUAGACCUUCGGCAAAAGGCGGUGCAUUUGGCAUAGAAUCUUGAGCGGUCGAUUUAGGGUUUUAUAUAGAGC